GCGGGUGAGGGCAGAAGCAGGAGAUAUUUGUUCGGUUCUGGAGGUACCGGGGCGGUCACCGAGAGAAUAACAGUUUAGAGGCCAAGAUGUUGUCCAACUUGAGGAUAUUUGCAGUGAAUCAUAAGAAAAUAUCCAGCUUGCACAUUAAUAAUAUGUAUUGCUUUAGAAUAAGAGCAAGUUUAAAAAGAAUAAAGCCACAUGUACCUCUUGGGAAAAAUUACAGUUCCCUGCCAGGUUUAAUAGGAAAUGAUGUCAAAUCUCUUUAUUCUGUCAUCAGUCCUCCUAUAACUAAAAUCCGUAAUAUUGGAAUUAUGGCUCAUAUUGAUGCAGGCAAAACUACCACCACAGAAAGAAUAUUGUACUAUUCUGGAUACACAAGAUCACUGGGAGAUGUUGAUGACGGAGACACAGUGACAGAUUUCAUGGCACAAGAGCGAGAAAGAGGCAUUACUAUUCAAUCAGCUGCUGUUACAUUUGAUUGGAAUGGGUACAGAAUCAAUCUAAUUGAUACACCAGGUCAUGUGGACUUUACCUUGGAGGUUGAGCGCUGCCUAAGAGUGUUGGAUGGUGCAGUGGCUGUAUUUGAUGCCUCUGCUGGUGUAGAGGCACAAACUCUCACAGUAUGGAGGCAAGCUGAUAAACACAAGAUACCUCGAAUCUGUUUUUUAAACAAGAUGGACAAAGCUGGAGCAAGUUUUAACUAUGCAGUUGAAAGCAUCAGAGAGAAGUUGAAGGCAAAGCCUUUGCUUUUACAGUUACCAAUUGGUGAAGCGAAAACUUUCAAAGGAGUGGUGGAUGUAGUAAAUAAAGAAAAACUUCUUUGGAAUCCCAAUUCAAAUGAUGGAAAAGACUUUGAGAGAAAACCCCUCUUGGAAAUGAGUGAUCCUAAAUUGCUGAAAGAGGCAACUGAAGCAAGGAAUGCCUUAAUUGAACAAAUUGCAGAUUUGGAUGAUGCAUUUGCUGAAUUGGUUUUAGGAGAAUUCAGUGAAAAUUUUGAUUUGCUCCCAGCUGAAAAGCUACAGACUGCAAUACACAGAGUAACACUGGCUCAGACAGCAGUGCCUGUGCUUUGUGGAAGUGCCCUGAAAAACAAGGGGGUCCAGCCCUUGUUAGAUGCUAUUACUAUGUACUUGCCUUCACCUGAAGAGCGCAGCUAUGAAUUUCUGCAGUGGUAUAAGGGUGACUUAUGUGCACUGGCAUUUAAAGUUCUCCAUGACAAGCAGCGGGGACCACUGGUUUUUAUGCGCAUUUAUUCCGGCAUGAUAAAACCCCAGUUGGCCAUCCAUAAUAUUAAUGGAAACUGCACGGAGAGAAUAAGUCGUCUGCUUUUGCCAUUUGCUGACCAACAUGUAGAAAUCCCUUCACUGACUGCUGGCAACAUUGCUUUAACUGUUGGGCUUAAACAUACUGCCACUGGAGACACCAUUGUCUCAUCCAAGUCCAGCGCAUUAGCUGCAGCUCGUCGAGCCGAGAGGGAGGGAGAACAGAAGCAUAGACAAAACAGUGAAACAGAGAGACUUUUACUGGCUGGAGUGGAGAUUCCAGAACCUGUUUUCUUCUGUUCCAUAGAACCCCCUUCAGUGGCUAAGCAGCCAGAUUUGGAUCAUGCAUUGAAAUGCCUUCAGCGUGAAGAUCCCAGUUUGAAAGUAAGGCUUGAUCCUGACUCUGGACAGACUGUCCUAUGUGGAAUGGGGGAGUUACAUAUAGAGAUUAUUCAUGACCGAAUCAAGAGGGAAUAUGGACUGGAAACUUAUCUAGGGCCUCUUCAAGUGGCAUACCGGGAGACCAUCCUAAAUUCAGUUUGUGCCACAGAUACCUUAGAUAGAACUUUAGGAGACAGACGGCAUCUUGUGACUGUAGAACUGGAAGCAAAGCCAGUUGAAACAUCGUCUGUUGUGCCAGUUAUUGAGUAUGCUGAGAGUGUUAGUGAAGACAUUUUGAAGGGCUCCCAAGAGGCCGUGGAAAAUGGAAUUCACAGUGCAUGCCUCCAAGGACCAUUGCUUGGAUCCCCAAUUCAAGAUGUGGCAAUUACCUUACAUUCACUGAUACUUCAUCCUGGUACCUCCUCAACUAUGAUUUCUGCCUGUGUCUCAAGAUGUGUGCAGAAGGCUUUAAAGAAAGCUGAUAAGCAAGUUUUGGAGCCCCUGAUGCAUCUGGAGGUCACAGUGACUAGAGAUCACCUCAGCGCUGUCCUGGCAGAUCUGGCACAGAGAAGAGGGAGCGUUCAGGAGAUCCAGACUCGGCAGGACAACAGAGUAGUUGUUGGCUUUGUUCCCUUAGCAGAGAUCAUGGGUUAUUCAACUGUGCUUCGAACACUCACAUCAGGCUCAGCUACGUUUGCCUUAGAACUAUCUAAUUAUCAAGCCAUGAAUCCUCAAGACCAAAGUAUGCUGCUCAGCCGGAGAAGCGGCUCAACCUAAGUGCUCUGAGGACCUUGAGAGAAAUCCAGGAGCACCUACCUAUUUGUUUUCAGGAACUUACUUCAAUUUGUGAUUAAUGCGACCGCAGGGAGUCAGGGGAGAGAAGAAGAGGAGGCACUAAAGAGUGAAGUAAAUGGAAGAAAAGAAACAAAUACCACUAACACUGAUGUAAGUCUACAAUUAUUGCCUAAUACAGUUCAAGUGGAAAAGGAAGCUAAUUUCCCCAGGGGGAUGCUUCUUUAGAUUCCUUCCAUCCACGAUGUUAGAAUAUUAAGCUCUCAUAUUAUCAGAAUCAAAUGUAGUCUUCAUACUUCUCACCUUCACAUCAUUAUCAAAAACCUCUUGCCAGACUAUGGGUCGUUUCUUUACAGCUGAAAUAAUAUCCAAAAGCCUACC